AUGGAGGACAAAAAAGAAGAGGGUGAGGCCGAGAUACAGGAGCACGGACCCGAACAUUGGUUCACCAAAUGGGAGCGCCAGUGUCUGGCUGAGGCCGAGCAGGAGGAGCCCCUAGAGGAGGAGGCCGAGCAGAGUCAGCAGAAGCUCUGGCAUCUCUUCCAGAACUCCGCCACGGCCGUGGCUCAGCUCUACAAAGAUCGCGUCUGCCAGCAGCAAGGAAUGUCACUGUGGGCCCCCUUCCAGAACGCCGCUACAGCUGUCACCAAUCUCUACAAAGAAAGCGUGGAUGCCCAUCAGCGAACUUUGGACUUAGGAAUCCAGACUGGAUGUCAGCGACGUAAUAAAGAAGUUUUAGCCUGGGUUAAGAAACGACGACGAACUAUUCGCCGAGAGGAUUUGAUCAGCUUUUUGUGUGGCAAAAUUCCACCUCCACGUAACUCUCGUGCUCCACCGAGACUGACUGUUGUUUCCCCUAACCGAGCUACACCAUCUGAAACUGGCUCUUCUGUAGAGACUGAUUUGCAGCCCUUCCGAGAAGCAAUAGCUCUCCAUGGACUGAGUGGGUGCAAUGGCUAGUAUUAGUGUCCCGCUCAAGUACUCCAGGCUCACCAACUCAUGUUAGCGGCAGUUCUACCAGUAGCCGCAGGAGAAAUGGACUCCUUGAUGUUGAUUUGAACACUUUCAUAUCAGAGGAAAUGGCACUCCACUUAGAUAGUGGCAACCGCAAACGUACCUCAGCCCAAUGCGGCGACGUCAUUACAGACUCGCCAACUCACAAACGCAACCGACUUAUGUAA